AUGGAGCGUGUCACAUGUGUACUCAAUGAGGCUUCGGAAAAGACGAGAAAUGCAGCUGAGGCUGUUGUGGAGGGGGUCAAGGAGAGCGGUGCAAAGGUCAACGCAAAGGUGAAGGAACUGAUGGAUGUUGAAAAGGACAAAGUUGCCCUGAAAAGCGGCACCGAGAAGGUUAAAAAGUUUUUACGCCUUGAAGCCCUCAAGGAUUACGCUGGGCGGGUAUUCAAUUGGACAAAACAGGCGGCAGGGAAGAAGGUGGAGGACAAGGCAGAACCCCCUGUAAGGCCGGCUGACGUCAGGAAGGCAACUGUCACUCCGAAGCAACGGGUCGAGAAUCUUGCACCGCGGAAAUGGUACGUUGCUGAGGGUAUUGCGCUUUUGGUCGCGGUGGGCGUAUUUGGUUGCGUGCUGUACAUGAGGAGGCAAAGGAAGAGGGUGAAGAAGGAUGACGACGAGAAAACGCGGGAACCAAAAAUCUUCGACUGA